UCAGACAGCACCAUGGAAACGGCGCACAGCUUUCUCGAAUAUUUAGCUACCUAGCUGUUUAGCUAAUGCUAGCUUGUUGGAAAACACGAAUUGUGUCUGCAAAAUAUAGGGGAAAAAACAGCAGAAAAAGCCUGUAGAGUAUUGUAAAUUAACCGAUAAGUGAUUUGUUAGUUUUGUAAGAUCAUGAUUCGUACUCCGGAUGCUAGAGCAAGAGACACCCAGACCAAGCAGAUCCAGGACAGCGUCACCCACGUGGAGAAACAUUUUGGGGAGAUGUGCCAGCUUUUUGCAGCGUAUGUACGCAAAACAGCACGCCUGAGGGACAAGGCUGACUUGCUGGUCCGAGAGAUUGGUCUCUAUGCAGACAUGGAGACGCCCAACCUGAAAAAUGGACUGAAGAAUUUUGCAGAUCAGCUUGCUAAAAUUCAGGACUACAGAAAUGCCCAGGUGGAAAGACUUGAUGCCAAAGUGGUGGAGCCACUGAAAGCUUAUGGGGCUAUUGUGAAACUGAAAAGGGAGGACCUGAAACUUACCCAGAGUGCCAGGAACCGAGAGGCAAAGCAGAUUCAGCAGCUGGAGAGAACGAGACAGAGGAACCCCUCUGAUAGACAGAUCAUUUCACAGGCUGAGAGCGAGCUGCAGCGAGCCACGAUGGACGCCACACGCACGACUCGCCAACUCGAGGAGACAAUAGACCUGUUUGAAAGGCAGAAGAUCCGAGAUAUCAAGAAAGUCUUUGGGGAGUUUGUGACUGUGGAGAUGGCAUUUCAUGCCAAAGCGUUGGAGGUGUACACUACUGCCUAUCAGCACAUCCAAAAUGUAGAUGAAGAAGCAGAUCUAGAGGUUUUCAGGAGCACCUUGUAUCCCCCUGACUUUCAGUCACGCAUAGAGAUCGUCCGUGCUAAUUCCAGAGCGUCCUUAACUCACACCGACAUGUCCAUGAGUAAAUCGGGGACUUUGCAGUCAAGGAUUACAAAAGGACCGAAGAAAGGGGUCGAAGAAGAGGAGGAGGAGGAGGAGGAGGAAGAUGAUGACGAUGAUGAUGACGACGACGAUGAUGAUGAUGAUUUGGAGGAGGUUACAGAUGAUGACAAAUAAGCAACCUGCUUAACUGCGUCUUGUGCCAUAGUAUUUUUUUUUUAACAGUGUUGUAACUGAUGUUUUUCAACUUCACAAAUAUCUAAUGUGCAAUUAAUCAACCAGCAGUAAUUAUGUCUCUAUUAGUGCCUGUAAAAAUUAGGUUUUUUGUGUUUUACAUAAAGCAUGUGCAUUAUCGGGGCGGGAGGGUUUUUUGUUUGUUUGUUUUAAUUCUUUUUUCCUUUUUUUUUUUUUUUUAACUAUGAUUUUGAAACGAAUCAUCUGACUCGCUAGUGCCAACAGUGUUUAUUUCUGAGUACAGUGUUAAAGAUUAAAUUUGAUCUGGUGAAUUAAUAUGUGACCAGAUAAACUCCAGUUGUUAUUUCUAAA